GAAGAUCACGUCACGAAGAGCAAAAUCGGAGUAAAAAAAAAACAGAGCGAGUGCUAUUUGACGCUCCUUGGCUUGAGACGACCACGGACUGAACUGCAGCUUAUCUUUCACCACCAUGUCAACGUGGACUUGUUCGGCGUGAAGAAAAGAGGGGAAAGCCGCUACGCAACAGCCGUGGAUGUGUGUGUGUGUUUUUUGUGCUCUUCUUUUUUUCUUGUGUGGAAAUGUGUGAAGACCUCCCCCUCUUCCUCCUCCGUGUGCCUGCCCACUGACGCCUCUUCGUGUGCAUCUUCUCUGCAUAUUUCAUUUUUUUAAGAUAAAUAUAUAAAACCACAUGAGAGAAAAUACCUAUUGUUAAAACCCACGGAAAUUUUUACUCAUUAUUCAUUCAAAGGAGUUGGCUUUUUUCACGACAAUCAAAGAGGAGCAUCGGUGGAAUUAACAGGCGGCAUCUACACCAAAUUCCAAAAUGAGUGAGCUGGAGCAGCUUCGCCAGGAGGCCGAGCAGCUGAGGAACCAGAUACGAGAUGCCAGGAAAGCAUGUGGGGAUUCCACCUUGACACAGAUAACUGCUGGUCUGGAUCCAGUGGGGCGGAUACAGAUGCGAACAAGACGCACCCUCCGAGGCCACCUUGCUAAGAUCUAUGCCAUGCACUGGGGGUCAGACUCAAGGCUUCUUGUUAGCGCCUCUCAAGAUGGCAAACUGAUCGUGUGGGACAGCUACACCACUAACAAGAUCCACGCUAUCCCCUUGCGCUCCUCCUGGGUGAUGACCUGUGCGUACGCCCCGUCUGGGAACUACGUGGCAUGCGGAGGCCUUGAUAACAUCUGCUCCAUCUACUGCCUGAAAACACGCGAAGGGAACGUCAGGAUCAGUCGGGAACUACCUGGGCAUACAGGUUACCUUUCAUGUUGCCGUUUCAUCGACGACAAUCAAAUCAUCACGAGCUCAGGAGACACCACCUGUGCGUUGUGGGACAUCGAGACGAGCCAGCAGACCACGGUGUUCUCGGGCCACACGGGGGACGUCAUGAGUCUGUCCCUGGCGCCCGACCUGCGCACCUUUGUGUCGGGAGCGUGCGACGCCUCGGUCAAGCUGUGGGACAUCAGAGACAGCAUGUGUCGACAGACUUUCACGGGACACGAGUCGGACAUCAACGCCAUCUGUUUCUUCCCCAACGGCAGCGCCUUUGCCACGGGCUCUGACGACGCCACCUGCAGGCUGUUCGACCUGCGCGCGGACCAGGAACUCAGCCUCUAUUGCCAUGACAACAUCAUCUGCGGCAUCACCUCGGUGGCUUUCUCCCGCUCGGGUCGCCUGUUGCUGGCAGGCUACGACGACUUUAACUGCAACAUCUGGGACGCCAUGAAGGGAGACAGAGCAGGAGUCUUGGCCGGCCAUGACAAUCGUGUGAGCUGUCUGGGUGUGACUGAUGAUGGCAUGGCCGUGUCCACCGGGUCCUGGGACAGCUUCCUCAAGAUCUGGAACUAAAGAAAGACACACGUACACAGGCACACACUUCUUGGAACACAUGUGUUCGCACUCUAUGUAAGUGCAACAAGUGUACAUAAGACAUAGUAUGAAGACUUAGUUACACCAAUCACACGUGCUACCUUCGACUCAAGUGCAAAACUACAGCUGCAAGGUGACACAAACACACACUCUCUCUCACACACACACACACACACACAAUAUAAAAAAAACACACACACAAUGUGACCAAAUACAUUUAAAUCUUGUAAGCUCUCUUGUAUUAAAACAAAAACACAAAACUAUGACCUGAAGCCUUUUAAAAUGUUCCACAUACACUCACCCCUCCCAACCCCCCGAGACACACAGCUCAGAAGACGUCAGUGGACAAUUCUGUCUUUGUUUACAAUGAAGUCCAAAAUGCACUUAAGACGAAUACUACUGUAGUAUGUACGUUCUGUCUCAGUGCCACUUGUGAUGCUUUUCGGGGAGAACGUGGAAGAGAAUCAGAGUCCAUUAAAACCGAGUGGGAAAACAAAUUUGAUAGAGGUAAAAACAUCAUCAUAUCUUAAUAUUAAGCCAUGUUUUAGAAGGGUUUUUUUGGAUAGCUGUAUGCCCAUACUCAGUGCAUUUUCUUUUACACUCAAUUUCUUCAUGUUCUCCCCUUGUGCCUCAGAUACACGUUUAACGAUUAUUGCUAGAGAAUAUUGGAUAAGUGGAGAAGAAACUGAACAAUGUGACGAAAAAGCAAAAGCAUUGUAGAGGAGUCUAAAUCGAGCAGGAGCCAGUAUUCAAACUUCAAUCUGAUGAUCAUGAUGGUAAAAUUGUACAUAAUAUUAAUAAAUAGCCUCUCCUGCCAAUGAAUGGUCCUUUUUUUAAGCACUGUUGAUGUGAAUAUAUUUGUGUCACAUUCAAGAGGAACAGUUGACUUGCACAAUGGAUUAACUCUCUUAAAGGUCAUCAUCGGAUGUGAAUGUGGGACAAACUGAAGUUUUUAUAGGCACCUUUUGGAAGUCAGAUGCUUAUGAGUAAAAUGAUUAGAACUAUGGAAGAAUACAAAAAACGUAAGGCUUACAGUAGCAUAACAGAAUGCCAAGUGGCUGAAAAUUAUACAAUUAAAUUCUGUAUUUACAUUCUACAGAGAUUGUUCAUUUGUGGCACUGUCGUGGGCUCACUCAGCAUCUGUCAUUUCUCGACUUAAAUGAAUGGAAUUUGCCUAGCUGUAUUUUGAAUAUACACGAACUAGCUAGAUGAGAAAUAAAUUGGAACCAUUUGAAGCAGCACGAAGUAACAUUGUGGCUUGUAGCGCCAUUGUGUGGCAAACUGAUAAAAUGCUCUCGACUCUGCCACAAAUGAUCAAUCGGGAGACGGUGUUUCUCAAGCUUUUACGAGACUACCGUCCCCGAUACUAAAUAAACAGAUCUUCAAGUAUCACCAUGUGCCCAUUAAAAACAAAAAUGCGGUAUUUUUGCAAACAGUAUAUUUAGUAUUGUCUUGAAAUGCAAAGCCAUUCCAUUGAAAACCAAAUCCAAUUUAACUGUAGUGAUUCUUUUACAUUACCACCAGAUAAGAGUCCGCGGCAGAAUCACUGCCGUGCAUUAUCAUUUUAGAGCAAUGUUUCCCCACCUUCUAUCAGCAAAAGCACACAUUUCCAUUAGGAAAAAAAUCUAAAUUGUUUUGUCAGGCAUGCCCGCCAUUUCUGCCUGAUCGUAUAACGGCCACAAGAGGGCACAGUAACUAGUAUCGGCAGCCUCCACAAAACCUUGAAACUUAGAAGUAAGCAAUAAGUACCUGGUAUCAGUACUUGGCUGCUCCUAAUUAUUGUUAGUAAAAGAAUGACUUUUAGUCCAAUUGCUGUAGGUGAAAUUGGUGGCACGCUGCGGCACAAGGGAGGGAAAUCUUAGUUUUAGAGCGAAGCAAAAUCAUGACAUACCAAAUACGGCCCAAUAGAAAGUAGUGCUCAAUAAAGAGACAAAUGUGAGAUGAAGAGAUUUUUAUUCUGUUUUAGACAUGAACACAAUAUUUUUAAAGUUUUAAAGAGCUUAUGAAAUGCACUCUGAAAUUAAGAAACACUUGCAAACUAAAACACUGCAAUGUUUACCGCCAUUAAAAAAACAAAACCAAGAAAAAUGUAGCUUGAUUUUCAAAAGUAUCGAGUUCUUGGGUUGGCUCUAUUAUUGAUUUGCUUCACGAGCUCCUGUAGAUGGCGAGCUUUCUUCCACUUAUCAAUAUGUAUAACUCAUAAAGGAAAUUGUGGGAUUCCGCAAAAGCGAAACGGGAUCGAUUGAGCAUCACAGCUACUACAGAGAAAAAGCCAGAAUCCCUUAGUUGCUAAAAAGAAAAAGAAAAAAUAUACUGUAAAGCAAACCAGGAGUAAAAUCCAAAAUGAAUGACUCACCAACGAGCCAACAUUUUGGCUGCCAAAGGCCGCUAAAUACUUCCUGAAGCCACGCUGGGAUGGAUUGAUCAAAUGCUUAUAUUGCUUGGAUUGCUUUUUCUCACACACUUUUUUUUGUGCAUCCUGACUGUCCAGAAACAAUCGAUCUCAUGGUCACACACUGAUGUGAGAUUUUGAAGGCUCUUGGCAUGAAACUGAAGAGACAUGAUGAACCAAUAUCACUCAAGCGCUAAACUAAAACAAUUAAGGGGUGUGGAGGGGAACAAAUGUAGUGUAAUAUUUUCACUAGAAUGAUAAAAAUGAAGCUAGAUUUCUUCUUUGAGAUGGGAACUGUAAACGGAAAAUGAAAAUUAAACUAGGAAGGCAUGGCCACAGAAGAGCAUAUUGUCACUUGGCCUACUCAUUUAUGAAACGUGGCCAACUAAUUCAGGUGUGAAUUAAAACAAUCAAAUGAAACUGUAAACCAACUUCUGAAUGACAUCUGAAGAUAAUGGAUGAAAAAAAAAUAAUAAAGAAAAACUCAAGAGACCACGUUCAGCUAGAGACGCACAAAUUGUAACUGCGGUCCAACAAAAGUGCGACUUGAGUUCUGCCCACAAAAGUCCCUGUGCUCAGUGGGCCACUGAUCCGAUCUAUCCUCCAAGCUCUCUUGGUAAAAACAAAAAACAACUAAAGAAUUUUUGCAGAAAAUAAAAGACCUGACACUGUGCUUUUUUUUUUUUUUCAUCAGAUAAUAUGGACUCGGUGGGUUUGGUAUGGAAGAAGCCUGGAUGUCUGUUGUGUGUAUGGUACACCUCUUGUGUGCUUGAUAUGAAACUGUCACUUUCAUUUGGGAAUCAGGGGAAUGGCGCUCAAGAUAAUUUCGAUGUAUUCUGGUCCCAUUUCAAUUUCAAAGCCAAAAGCCUUCAAGUGACCUGGCAAAGCGGAGUCAAGUCACUGCCUGAGCAUCUUAGCAGACACCCCAGCCAACAUUGACCCCAACCCGCCGACUUCACCUCAUCGGACCCAUCCACCAUCCCGUGGGCCACACAACACAGGUGAUGACUUGCUUGUCUCCUACCUGACGACCGACUGAGAAAAUAUACUGUUACACAUUGUGCUUUGAUUAAUAGAACGGCACAUUUUUUUUUUUACAUAAAUACAAAUCUCUGUCUUAGAUAGAAGUACAUUCACUGUUAUGUCUCAGAGCAAUUUACAUUUUUAUUUCUUUCUUUAUUUUU